UUAAACCUCGGCUCCAAGUAGUCUUUUGUAAUUCUGUAAUAUAUGCUGUGACAUUUAGGGCUUCUUCGUGGGCAAGAUACAAGAGACACUAUAAGAAUAUAUGCGGCAGCUUGUCUGAGAUACAUCAAGAUGCUUGUGCAGGUGUUAUUAUCGAAGUAGGUCAGCCCAAAAAACAGCUUGGAGGUUGCAACCAAAUACCCAAUACUCGAUAUGCAACUUCUCCGGGCGUUCCCUAUAAAAACGAAAGCUGAUUUUGUCAUAACCAACAGUCAAACUUCAUCGAUCAACCUUAGAAGAUGUAUCUGCCCUGUGUGUUUCUCCUGAUCCUGGCCACCGUGGCCACCAAUAUCUACCAGAUCGAGGCUCUGGGCGGCAGCCAGGAUGGCAAUAACUAUACGUGGGGCACCAAGGCCACCACCGAUACACUGAUUGCCAAGGAAGUGGUCUCCGCCAACAAGCUGUUGCUGCAGACCAACACCCAGACCUAUACGCUCACCCAGGCGGGCACGGCCAAGACUAUAUCGUAUAUAGCCAUAACGGAUCUGAAGCGUAAGAGGGGAGCCACAGCAUCUAUAACAUCUGGUGGUGUUGGCGACACAACGGUCACCAUUAAGUUUACAUCGGCCCGAGGAGCUCCCAUUAAGUCGCAGGUGGAAAUAUGGGGUGCCUAAGGGUUUGCUCCAUAUAUCCAUAUAUUUAUUAUUUUAUUUAUUUAGAUGCACCUCUAAGGAGAGCCUUUUUUUUUUUUGUC